CUUCUCUUUCGCCUCGAUUCCACGCAGCGCUUGUUCUGAUCCAAUGUUCCCCGCAAUUGGUUCCCCCCAACACAUCAUAUAAUCUGCAUGGACUGUGCAAGCAAGGGCUAACGUGCUUCGUCUGUCGGCGCACCGUUCAGGUUCCUGCUUCAUUACAUCGCCAGAGAUGAAGUCGCUCUGUUCGAACGAGGAACGGGCGGCGUCCCCGAAGUCCGCACCACAAUUGACGCUUACGAGGAGGUCUCGCCCCUGUACGGUUUUCUACAGUAUCGUCGCCGGAAGGUAGUAUUAAGCUAUCUGCCCGAGGGCCUGUCUCGACUCGUCCAAGGUAUGCUUCUGCUUGGGUUGUCUCUUCCUUCGUGCUCAGCUGACGCGAUCUGCCUCCGCGCGCAGCUCGUACCACCGUCCAGUUCCAGUCCAUUCUGGAUAAAUUCUCGCCUCACGAUACCGUCUUCACCCUGGCGCAAUCCUCCCAACUCACCGAGAGCGCCUUGUCGUCCGCAUGUCUGCUUCACACUGCUUCAGGUUCUAUCACCUCCUCCUCGAGCUCACUCCGCCGUCGCAGGCUGAUGGAGAUCGCGGAAGAUGCAGAAGAAACCAGCGUUACUCGGGAUGCGGAGCCGGCGCAGUCGCCCGUCGGCAACACCCGACAGAGAUCUUUCAGUCAAUUGUCGGAUGCCACGAUCGUGGCCCCUCCCGCGCCCUCGGACGCGCAGCCUCCUCCUGUCCAGAGUGAUCCGCCUCCACCUCCCGCCGCGGCCGUUGUCACGAACCCCGAAACCCCUGCGAAUGACGUUGCGCAGCCCGCCGCGUCCGUCGAACGGGGUGUCGAUGUCGAACGGGCGUCCUCGCGCGCAUCCUCGCUGAGGAAUUUCCGCGAGGAUCUGCCCCAUCCCCUGACGCCUUCUGAAUCACGAAAAUCCACUCAGUCCGCCAGGCCGUCGUUACGAGACCUGGAGCGGACCGGUACCUACCCCCAAAAGGUCAAACGUGGCCCUCGCCCUUCGGUGGGCGUGAACGGGCGACCGCGCACGGCAGGGAAUUUGUCUCGAAGCAUCGAACAGCAGCGGCCGGUCGCCUCUUUGCCCGCCGGCAUUCGAUCGUCGUCGCUGCGGAAGACCAGCCCGCCCACCGCGCGGCCCCGGUCGCAAGGCAACACCACCGCCGCCGCCACCCCCGGCAAACAGGCCCCUCCCGUUCCUCCGUUACUCGUCCCUCCGCUUUCGACGCCCAUCUCCCGACCCAAACUGUCUCCCGGAGCCAAAUCCUUGAGUGCUCUCUCGUCAGGAACCUCACAGGAGAGGGAAAGGCUCAUGAAGGCAUUGCAGCUUCGCAGGACGCAAUUAGAAAAGAAGGCGCAAGGAGCGGAUAAUACCAAGCUCCCCAAGACCGCGGACGGCGGAAGGCAGCAACGGCAGAAGGAGCAGCCGACGACGAGUCCCGGUGAAGAAAACAAGGAGAAUCAAGAGGGCAGUACGAAUGGCGAUGACACGCAUGAAGAAAAGCCGGCUGUGAUCGAGCCAAGCAGAUCUCUUACCCCUUUGGCGGAACCUCGGCCAGCCCCUAUUCUUGCUGCGGAGCCGAUGGAGCAAUCCCCUGGGGCGGAGACGGCCCCCUUAUUCUUAAGGCAGCCCACCCCCGAGCCAGCGCCGACGGAAAUAAAGGAGAGCGUCUCCCAGGAGGCCGACGAGGAUCCGUCCGACGAGCAGGUAUCUACUACUGUCACUCCUACUCCUACCUCUCCGACGCAACCCUCCACCGACCGUAGCCAAAUCUCGGCGAAGGAGUCGUCUCCAGAAGCACAGACUACUCUCCGCCAACCUGAAACAGACGCUGGCCAAGCUGACCCGGCUCUGCUUGAUGCUAAAAGUGGCCCCGGCUCGCCUAGCGCCGUCGUCGACGUCCCACCAGAGCCCGAAUCCCUGAAGGCUCCAGAAGAAGUUAUUACACCUUCCCCACCAGCCGAAAACCCUGUCAUUUCCGGUGCGCUGGUCGACGACGCGACAGGGGAUUCGACUGCAUCACCGAUCCCACCCCAGUCCCUCCCUUUGCCGACCUCGCCGUCGCCCUCGCCGCCCCCUGGUUCGUCGCGGCCACCCUCCAUCCCUGAAAUUCCCCCGACCGUCAUCGCAUCGGAGACCCCCGAGCCGCAGCAUGACCUAACCGCAGCAGCCCCUGAACCCCCCAUCGCGCAACAAAAAGAAACCAUCCACCGGAAGGACAAACGGAAGCCUCACCUCGAACCUAUCCAGGUUCCGACCCCCGAUUACUCGGAUGACGACAACUUCUCGGAUGAUUCGUUCAUGGAAGAACUGAAGAGCGCCACAGUGGAAGAAGCCAAGCCGAUCUCCGUCGGCAAAUCCCCGCUGUCGCCGGGAUAUUCGAACAACGGGAACGAGCGGACGAGUCCGGACGCCUGGAGGAACUCUCGCGCCGUCUCCAACCCCAGUGCUAUCGGUGGCCAAUCUCCCAACAACUUACAGGCGCUGGCCGUCGGUCGAUCGGUGUCGACCUCGUACGCGGAGAUGGACAGCGCUACGAACCCCGUCCUGGUCGCCAAGAAGAUCAAUGUGUCUUCGGGCAUCUCCAAACGCAUCAAGGCGCUGGAGAAGUUCUCCGGCAAUCGCGACGCCCCGUCACAUUCCGCCCCGAACCUGGCCGUCCCGUCUACGUCGACUUCUUUCGAGACGCUUCGCAAGCGGGCGUCAGUGUCCGUGGGCGGCCACUCGGACGCGCUCUCCCGUCAUGCAUCGUAUUCACCCGAACCCUUCUCGCGGGCAUCGAGCCUCCGUCGUCGUGACUCGAGUGCCAGUGCUCCACGAACCACCAACUCCGUCUCCGUCACCGCCCGCAUUGUACGCGACUCGUCGCCGGCCGAGACGAAUGGGACCCCCACAGAGUCGGGCGUCCUUAAUCUCCAGCCCAGUCAGUUGACCGUCGAGCACGAGCCUGCCGAUCCAUCGCCUGCGACGUCUAGCCCGCCCCCCGAGUCGGUUCCCCUCCCCAGCACAUCCGAUAAGCGCAGCAUGUCGACGUCGUCCGCCGGGUCGGGGCCCCGGUCUAUUUCGCCUACCAUGCAACGCUCGGAGAGCCGAUUGUCGAUUUCAUCGGCGUCUCGCAACGACCGCUCCGCCGACGUGCCGUCGUCACCCGAGGACAAGCGGGAAUCGCGCACGUCUCGGAUACUUCGCCGGAUGUCGUCCAUCACGUCGAACUCCCGCAAGGGCUCGGUCGGUGCCUUGAGUUCCCCGGUGAAGGAGGAAGAGAGCGCCCCCGAAAUUAAGACAUCCGACGCUGCCGUCGAGGCGCCUCAGGCGGUGGAUAUCGGCGAGGUCAACGUGCAGUUUCCGGACACCUUACUGUGGAAACGACGUUUCAUUCGAAUUGAUGACAAGGGAUUCUUGGUGCUGACUCCGGGGACCACCGAUUCCAGCAAUCGCAACAUGAUCAAGCGGUAUCACCUGAGCGAAUUCCGCACGCCCUGUCUCCCGGACGAGGACUGUCAGGAACUCCCCAACAGUAUCCUGCUGGAUUUCCUGGAUGGAAGGACCCUCCAAUGUGCCUGCGAAUCAAGACAGGGCCAGGCCUUUGUCCUUCAAAGUAAGUCUUUACCCCUUUGUCCCACCCAAAUCGCCUGAACGAGAGAUGGCUGACUGUACUUCUAGCUCUUGUCGGGGCUCACACUACUUAUCAAUCGGCUGUUGCGUAAAACACCACAUACAACAUUCUUUUCUAAGUUUCCAUCUUUUUCUCCUAUUGACUCCUUAUCUUGCUUCUGGUCUUCUCUCUUGCCAUCCAUCUCCCUUCGUUCCAUCCUCUCAUUCUCUUCCCUUCUAUCUAAUUUCCCUCUCUGUUUUCAGCGGUAUACCCCUCUAAAAACGAUUUCCUUUGUAUCCGGGUGUCCCCAUCGCGGCCCUUCUGUCUCUGCCCCCUGGCGGGCCUUGCAUUCUUCUCUUCUCUGGAUGACGCAUCCUAGCGACCAGUCCUGGCUGGAAGUCCGGGUCUUCUCGAUCCACGCAGAUCAAUUCAUUUUCUUUCUUCUUUCUUCUCUCUUUUUUUUUUAUCUUCUGGGUUGUAUUCAUCGGUGGCGUGAUAGAUCCACUUCUAGGGCCUAGACUUUGUUCGUCAUGGUUUUGGUGUUGGUGAUGAUUUCCGGGGGCUCUGUAUCUGGCACUGGAGUCUUGUGUGUUUUUGUCUGUGUGCUUGGAUUGGGAUUGUAUGUAUAUACUACGCAAGUCGAUCAUUUCCCGAAGCGUG